GUAUAGUUGAUAAUUACCUCUGGUAGAAGUUUGUCGGGAUUUUUGGUUUCUGCCGGAUGUGCCGGAAUAAAUGAAUGUAAAGCACAAUUUGGAUGCUUUUCUUUCAUUUCAGUUAUAUAUUUAUAUUUAAGCUAGCUUGGCUGAGGUGAAUUCAUGCAGUUCCGCCGGCUUGUGUCCUUGGCUUGUUGCUGCCUGCUGCUCCUUGCCCUGAUAGGCAGGCUCCGCAGAGAAAUGAAGACCUCAAGAAACGCUCAGACAUUUGACGAGGUUUGUAAGAACCAGAAACGUCGGGAUGGCGUCUCCCUCAACAAGAUGGUCCUGGACAGCAUCCUGGUCUCGGAUCAACACAAAAUCUUGUUCUGUGAGACACCCCAAGCGGGCGACACUGAAUGGAAGAAGCUCCUGAUUGCCGCCAGUGGAGCCUACCCCAGCGUGGAGGACAUCCCAGAGAACCUCAUUCACGACCACAAAAAUAACGGCUGGCCCCGCCUCUCAUCUUUGACGCCUCAGGAAAUAACGCACAGACUGAACACGUAUUUCAAGUUCAUCAUCGUGAGGGAUCCUUUCGAGCGUCUCAUCACGACGUUCGAGGACAAAUUCCUCUUCGGGAAAUCCACAGAACCUUGGUACCAGCACACCAUCGCCCCCGCCAUUAUUCACAGGUACCGCAAAGACUUCCCCUUCCUCGCUGAUACUGGUUUGAUAUUUGAUGAGUUUGUGCAUUACCUGGCGGAUGUGGACGCCCGGGAGACCAUGGACUGGCAGUUUGGCAGGAACAUCGUCCACUGGGCCACCUACGCCGACUUGUGCGCGCCCUGUGACGUCCGCUACGACGCCAUAGGCCGCCACGAGACGCUGGAGCGCGACGCCACCCAGAUCCUGAGGAAAGCUGGCAUCGAGCGCGUGGCGUCCCCCCGGCUCAUCAACCCUAGCAUCACACGCUACAACAAUAGCAAGGUGGAACGCUACUUCGCAGGAGUCAGCAAGCAGGACAUCAGGCGCCUCUAUGAGCGCUAUGAGGUGGACUUUCUCUUAUUUGGAUACCCCACACCUGACUUUCUACUCAACUGACAUUCCUUUUCAUUCUUAUGGGAUUUAUCAUACAACUCAAUUAUGAAAAUGAUGAUUGAUCUUUUUACAACACAGCUUCCUUGCCACCUAAAGAAAUGUAACCAUUCUAACGUUAGCAUGUGUUAAGUACAAAGUUGUAUGAUAGAGAUGCGCGGAUAGGCAAUUUAUUUAAUCCGCAACCGCGUCAGAAAGUCGUCAACCAUCCGCCAUCCACCCGAUGUAACGUUUGAUCAGAACUGCACCCGCCCGCCAUCCGCCCGCACCCGCCCGAAGUUUUAUUUACAGAGGCAAUAAUUGAGCAUGGAUUUCCAAUCGCACUGGCUGAUCACAUGGGACAGUUAAAUGUUUGUAAUGCAACCUUUAAAAAUCAUUACGCGGUGAACGCGGUCCCAAAAAUAAACUUUUCUUGCAUGAUAAUGUCCAGAAAAAUUUGCUUUAUAUUACUAUAGAGUCCUUUUAACGAAUGAGUUUGAUGGUUUAUCACAAACCUUAAAUGAAAGAAGUCCUUUGUUCUCCUGCACCGUGCAUGCACUUUGGCCUUGCUUCGUGUUUGGUGCGCAAUCCUGUCGGCUGUAUUUCACAGCACGACAUACUGUUAAAAGUGUUUAUACUAUUUAUGCUUUCAAGUCCAAGUUGAAGAAAUCUUGUUAAAUGUUGACAGCAUAACUACCAAAAUACAGAAGUAUGUCCUUAAUAUUUUUGCAGUGCUAUUUCUGUUGAAAAGUUCAAAUGAUUACAUUAGAGAUGUGAUGUGCCACUUUUCAAGUGUCU